GGGGGAGGAGCCGGUGUGGGUGGGAACGGGAGCGGGCGGGCUGAGCUGUACCCGGUUUGGAACCGGGGCUCGCACCCCAGCGCGGAGCUGCUUCUCCCCAGCCCUGCCCCAGUUUCAUAUGUAUCUGAUGUCCAGCCAAGGCGUUUGCUGUCGCUAUGGCUCUGAAAGGUACAGCAAAGAUAUUCAAAGCAUCAGCCACGGCAUUUGCUGUCUCUAUGGCUCAGAAAGUUGCAGAAAUGAUAUACGACGAAUUCAGAAGGAGAAGGAGGGAGAAAACCAACAAGGUCCUGGAAUCUAUGAUAAUCGAGGCCUUCCAGGACCUCAACAAUAAAAUAAAAGCUCUGCAUGAAGAUUUCAAAAAAUUAGAGGAGUCCACAAAGCAUGAGGUUCAAAUACUCAGAGCAGAGCUGGAGAAGAACCCAGAAAACAAAGAGAUGGCAUUUGUAUGGACGCUGGAAUCAAUGUUGAAGAAGAACCUCCAGCAGCUUUCCCAAAGAAUUCAAACUCUGGAAGAAGAUGUACAGGAAUGGCCAGAGACCACAAAGCAUGAACUUCAACUUUGCAGAGGUUACCCAGAGAACAGAGAAAACAAAGAGGAGGAAAUUGCAAGGGAGCUGGUAUCAAUGUUAAACAAGAAGCUCCGGCAGGUCUCCCAAAGAAUUCAAACUCUGGAAGAAAAGAUAAAGGAAUGGCCAGAGACCACAAAGAAUGAACUUCAGCUUUGCAGAGUUUACGUGGAAAAGAACCAAGGAAAGAAGGAGGAGGAAAGUUCAAGGGCCCUGCAAUGCAGAAUGGAGACACUACUCCAGCAGCUUUCCCAAAGAUUUCAAACUCUGGAACAAGCAUUACAGUUGAGACAGGCGUUCCCAUAUCAUGAGUUCCAACUUUUCAGAGCAUACCUGGAGAACAACCAAGUGUGUAUUAGAGGACACGUCCUGAGAAGAAUCAAAACCUGGAAAUUACUGUGGACAAUGAGCAGAUUUCAAGGCACUCUGAAAAUAUUGCAAUGGGGAAGUUUCAGUUGGCACCAGGAAAUAGUCAAGGAGCAGCUGGGCUAUGGUGGGGAAGGUGCAUCCCUACAGCAGAUGGGACCAGUGAAGAGCCCUGCAGCUACAGCCCCUCCCAUCGUGUGGCAAACCAGAGAGGUCUCCUGGAGGGAAAUUCAUCUCCUUUGUUCCCUAUCCCUUCUCCCCUGCCACCAGCAUGGCAUCUUUGUCCUCAAGAAUGCCCGCCUGGAUUUCAGGUCUGGUUGGAGUUCUUGCUGGUGAACAACCAAGCAUCCCAGUGCCUCAGGCUUUGUUCCCUUUGGAGGAUUGUCCAGGACUCCUGGGUGUUUCCCCACUCUGAGAAGCAGCGUUUCACUCCAGGAGAACAUCAUCAUUUUGGGCAGAGGCUUGGGCUGUGUCUGAGAACACAGGGACCUAAGAAGCUUCAGAAAAUCCAUCUAUUGCCUGCUUUUCCCUCUUUCCGAGAGAGAUUUUAGAAAUACAACUCUACAGCUCUUCCCUAUGCUGUGAGGAAGCACUAGGAAGAUGAUGGAGUUGAGUCUUGAGUGCAGCUCUGGAAAGCACAUUCCUCCCCCUCAGAGAGCUGCUUGGAGAAGAACAUGCUCAGGAAAGGGUGACUUGGAGACGUUUUUCACUGUCAGGUGCUGCCCAAGGCCCUGCCUGUGCUUGUCAGGAGUCCUCACAGUUCUGGGCAGCCAGCCAGCACUGCCAUUGCAGCCCCAGCUCCCACUCCUGCUUUGCCCUCUUGGGCCUCUCAGGAAAAGUGUCUGGAGCUUGUUGCUCCAGGUGACCCCAACAGCUGGUUCUUCUUUCAGUCUGAACUGAGCUAGAGGACCUCAGCUGAUGCCAUUGCACCUUGCUCAACUCCUGCCAGGGAUGAACCCUUUCCUGAUGAGUGUGGAAAUCUGAGACAAGAAACCUUCCCUUAUCCUUGUGGAAGUGUAUCACUCUUCCACUCUGUGAGAAAGCAUUAUUCUAGACUGAUGCUCUGCUGUUACUGAGGAGUAACUGCUUAAAGAUUGAAAAUCACCUUCUUCAGACUUUACUAAAGGAGUUGGUCCUGACAGCUGUUGUGGUUUAACCCCAUCCAGCAGCCAAGCCCCACACUUGGGGCCACUCACUGACUUCUCCACCAGCAGGAUCAGGGUGCAAACUGGAAAGGUAAAAGUGAGAACACUCAUGGGUUGGGGUAAAGACAGUUUAGCAGGGAAAGCAAAAGUCAGGCACUCAAGCAAAGCAAAGUAAAACACCUAUUCCCAUGGGCUGGCAGGAGCUCAGCACCUCCAGGAGAGCAGGGCCCCCAUCCCAUGGAACUUGGGAAGACAAACACCAUCACUCUAAAUGUUCCCCACUUUCCAUACUGAGCAUGUUGUAUUAUGUAUGUUGUCUUAUGUCUAUGUCCUAGCUGUGUCCCCUCCCAACACCUCAUCUCCCUAGCAUGCUCAUAUGAGAAGCAGAAAAGGCCUUGGCCCUGUGUGGCCAGUGCUCAGCAAUAACAAAAACAUCUCCAUUAUCAUCCUUGUGUUCAGCACAAUUCCCAAAGACAGCCCCACACCAGGCACUGGGAAGAAAAUUAACCUAGUCCAAACCAGCACACAGGACUGAUAGAGACUUGCUGAUUUCUCGUAAUAUGUGGGUAAAUCUGUAAUUAGCUAACAAAAUGUUUUUAAGACCUUUUUGCCUGUAGUGGUUUUGGUUCACUAAUUUAAGAUUUCCUGGUCAAUGCACCAAUUAUGAUGGGUUCAAUGCUCACUAAUCACCAGUGCACUCACUAGAAUAUACUUACUCAUUUUCUGCUGUGAGAGAGGAUUAGGAGAUGGGCAAAGCAGGUUCAAAACUUUAAAAGGAUAUAAAGGAAAGUUUAUUAACAGUAACUAAGAGUACUAAGAAUCAGAACAAAGCUUUCAGAACACUUCUCCUCUCCCUACAACUUUUCCUUUCCUACUGGCAAUGCAAAGAGACAAAACUUAAAAUUUUCAGUCAGUUUACCACCUCUAGAAUAGUCUUCUUUCAGUUCACUUAGGGGGAGAAGUCCCUCUUGUUAAUCUUAUGGAGACUUCUCCACAAGAAAAACAGCUCUCUUGUGGCUCUCAAUUUCUAUGAAUAGCACCCACCCGGGGAAAUCUGCAAUUGUCAAGUCACUCCCAUUUUCCACAAGCUUUCCCACAGCCGUUUUUAUGGGCCAUGUCAGCUUAUGGGGUACUGUUUUAAAGAUGAGCUCUUCAAAAGCAAAGGUUCUCUAUCUUUAAAAUCAUCUUCAUCUCUAGGAACAGAGAUCUGCUUCUCUCCCUGGGGGCACAGGGUCUUCAUCACUCUUCUCUCUCUCUGUUCAAAUUCUCAGAGGAUCACAACUAUUUCAACAUUUGCUUGCUUUAGCAUGGGGAGGCUUUUGCCAAACAAGUUAUCUCCCUAUACUUGCUAAUGUGUUACAGGGGAAAAAGUCUGAAUGUAUCAAUUGCAUUAGUCUCCAUAGCUUUACAAGAGGAUUUCAGCUGCAAGAUCAAGGCAUCUCCUCAGCCCUGCUAUCUGGGGCUUGACUCUUUCUUCACUGGCCUUGAUGUCUUUGUGUUGCUCCUCUACAUAGCCUGCAUUUUGUUCUUUUCUCUCACUCGAGGGAGAAUUGAAGCACUGAAAGAGUUACUAUCUCGUCCGGGACCUACAAAUGGUCACCUGACCCUUGCCCGAGCUCGGAGCUGCGGCUGGGCUGGGGCAGGGCCCGGGUCUCAGCAGCUGGGCCAGAGCUCAGCAGCAGCACAGCGGGGCCGAUGGCUUCUCGUCCCCCUGCCCGAGGGUUGUGGGUCAAUCUCAAUGGCGGCAGAAUCUUGCCCGAGCCAGCCCCGGGGGCCUGGGGCUGCUCCUGGGGCCUGGCGCACCCAGCUGGGCCCGGGCUGGUAGCAGGGCAGUGUUUAACAAGCAGCAAGAUGUCAGAAAUCGCAGCCGUGGCCCAGCCCGGCCUCUGCCCCGCAGCACUGCCCUCGCCCUGCCUGGCAGCCCAUGGGGCCCCGUGGGCGCCCCGGGAAGGGGCUUGGCUCUGCAGCAGAGGCUGCCCGGCCUGGCCCUUGUCACCUCUGUGCCGACCGGAAAAGAAAGAGAGACUUCCUGGGAUUUUCCGUCUUUUACGUGUUUUUUCAUAGAAGCAUGUACAGCUUUUAGUGAUUUUAUAGAUUGUCAAACCUAUUGCUAAUGGAUUCUUUUUGUCAGACAUGGAGGAAACUGAUACCAGCUUCUCUUAAAUCAUCACUUCUGUGCUGCAAAACUAGGAUAUUGUCCUAUGGCAUACCAAAAAUAAAGAGAACAAUGGUUAGAAAACCAGGAGCUAUAGAUUAUGUCUAACCAGGAACUAAUUACUGUUCAGGAAAAAUAUGAACAUAUGUUGAGUAAUUACUUUUUUCAGAGAUGGCACGCCAACAGAGUUGGCUGUAGUAGCAAAGAGGCAACCUUCAAAAUUUGUAAUGAACAACUGGAGCUUAAAAUCUCUUUGAUUACUCCCACAGAAGCCAAAACCCAAAACUUUUAAUUAUAGAUAAAAAUAAAAAUUGUUUAACUGGCUUUAAUAGAAAAAAGCAUUAUCUGUUACUCUGCUGAAAUGCAUUGCAAUGUAAUAAAACACUUAAAAUGAA